UCAGGUCCAGCGACAUGGGUGGAAAAGUUUCCAGAAGCGAGAGGUACCCGUCAAAGUCCCGUCGACAUAGUCACGUCUUGUGCCAGUAGCGGCGGUAGCGCUCCGUCCCUCGUGUGGCGCUACUCUGUCAACCAUCCUCGAUCUGUUGUCAACCCUGGCUACUGCUGGCGGGUUGAUGAAAAUGGCUACGAUUCAGAACUUCGGGGAGGUCCCCUUGGAUCUGAUGUUUACAAGCUCCAGCAGUGGCACUGUCACUGGGGGGCGGUCAAUGGCGAAGGCUCAGAACACACAGUAGACGGACGGGCUUUUUCGGGUGAAUUACAUCUAGUUCACUGGAACACGAGCAAAUACAAUAGUUUCACUGAAGCAGCAGGACAACCAGAUGGACUUGCUGUACUCGGCGUACUAUUAACGGUUGGGUCUAAACAUAAUGAACUGGACAAGGUAGUGCGACUGCUGCCAUACAUUCAACACAAAGGCGAUAAGGUGACAUUUUCUGAGCCCCUCAAUCCUGCAAAUCUCCUGCCAAUACGCAUCGCGUAUUGGACGUACCCCGGCUCGCUGACGACGCCGCCGUGUACAGAAUCUGUCACUUGGAUACUAUUCAAGGAACCGGUAGAAGUUUCUGCUGAGCAGCUGGCAUUAAUGCGAAAAUUAAGAUGUGGAGAAGCCUCUUGUGGAGAAGAAGCGAUGGAGCUCCUUCACAAUUAUCGUCCUACACUGCCCCUCGGCAACCGAGAGUUGCGCGAUUAUGGUGGCAACUAACGUUUUCGAAAUAUUAAAUUUUAUAUAAAGUGCCCGUGAUAUUUUUAAAUUAUGAACGUAGGUAUAUAGAUUUUACUUGUAUAAAUAACACAAGAUUAUGAUAUUUUAACUGGCGCCGUAGCCCCAGUUACAGAAACAUGCGCCAAAUUGGUGCAUCUGAACAUACCUACAAGUUUGCAAAAAAUGCAAUUUUUUUUCAAUUGCUAAUUAUGUUGCUAACGAUGUUUGGCACUGAUUGUAAUAUUGUAAGGAAGAUAUAGAAACAAUAAUAUGUUUCGAGUUAUCUUCCAAGGCUCCAAUAACCUCAUCCUUACGACGCCUUUAGAAUAUUUAGAAGCAAAACAUGGUACUAUAUUUUGCUUUAAAAUAUAAAUCAUUAUAGUCAAUCACAAUGUUGUGUUAGCAGCUAGUUAAAUAGUCAUGUAUGUACACCCUAUUAUUAUUAUAAUUAGCAAUAGGUAAGUGUAAAAAUAUUUUUGCUGAUUAAAUAUUUAUUUAUUGUUAUUAUUCAUGCAGUAAAUACAAAAAUGUUUAACUACAAAUUAUUUAAAACUCGUUAUGAUAUAUAGAAUCAAGUGUACAUUAAAACAUGUUUUAUGUUCAUUAAAUAAGAAAGGCCGUUAUUAAUACAACUAAUAUGUGCAACAAAAAGAAAAUGGAGGCUUUCCAAAAUUAGUGCCUUAAUACUGGUGAUACUGGCGAUGAAUUGAAUUCUUUAAAUUAUAAUAGGUCUAAUUAUAUUCAUUAUGAUCUUACCAUUAACACAAGUGAACUGGAAUAAUUAUGAACUAAUGAGUAUGUCUUAUUGUUAGAAACUUGAAAAUUUUACUAUAAAGUCAUACUGAAGACGUAAAUAAAAUAUGUAUAAAACGUUAUUUGUAGUGUUGUGUCUUUAUUGUUCAAAGACAUUUUUUAUUUAUUUUUACAAGAACAAUUUUAUUUUAUUAUAUUUAUCUACAUGAACAAUCUUAUUGAGUGGACCUACUGUUUCUUUUAUAUUGCGUGUUUCAGUUAAGUAACGACACAGUUAUAUUACCUGUGAUCUCAUCCGAUGUAAUGAUAAAAUACUAUUAAGACAAUAAUUUUAAUAUGUCAUCAUUGUGUUGCAUAUUUAGCUUUUAGAGUAUUAUGCGACAAUUUUAGAAAUGUGUAAUAAACAUAUUAUUGAAUUUUGUAUA